AUGGACGCUGUUCAAACCCUCCCGAGUGCUGGAACUCCGACUUCGCCGUCUUUUGACGAAAAGGACGAGAAGGGCUCGAAAGAGCUCGACUAUGUCGACACAGUACCAGUCGACGAUGUCGGAGAAGUGUUUGAGGACAUCCGCGCUAUCGACAUGGAUGCUGCUGGGCAUGAGAAACCAAUCGUCACUGCAUCUGACUGGAGCACCCGCCUAAUCUCCUUGCAUGACGAUCCAACCCUCCCUGUGUGGACAUUCCGGCUGUGGUUUCUUGCUCUUGGGCUGUCUGCAUUCGGCGCUGUUCUGGGUGAAAUAUUCGCAUUCCGUCCCCAAGCAGUCUAUGUCAGCCAGCUCUUCCUUCAGGUCGCGAGCUUCGCCCUCGGAAAAAUCCUUGCGGAAAUCAUUCCUGGCCCGGGCCAUAGACGAUACAAGAUGUCCAAUAAUGCAUUCUGGCGAUUCAUGAACCCCGGACCGUUCAAUAUGCAAGAGAACGUCGGUAUCCUGAUUAUGGCCGCGGCAUCUACCCACGGCGCUCUUGCAAUCAAUAUCUUCGCCGCUGAUGAUCUCUUCUACCACUUCAAACCGAAUCCCGCGAUCGCUAUAUUUACCCUCCUCAGCAGUCAGCUGGUGGGCUACGGGCUGGCGGGGAUGAUGCGGACGUUUUUGGUGUACCCCACAUACGUUGUGUUUCCGAACCUCGUCCCCACGAUCCAGAUGUUUGAUGUCCUGUUUAGAGGCCAGGAUAGUAUCCUCCAGAGGAAGCGCGUCAAAUUCUUCUGGGUUCUGUUUAUUGGAAUCUGUGAGUUGUGCACCAACUCGGAAAGGUUUAGUCUAACGAAUCCAAAGUCGUUUGGGAAAUACAUCGCUCCGACCUUGACUGGUAUUUCGGUCUUCUGUUUGGCGCGUCAAGACAGUGCAUGGGUAACCAGGAUAUUCGGUGGUGCGGCAGGAAACGAGGGCUUGGGGCUGUUCUCAAUCUGUCUCGACUGGAACUACGAUGAUUUAGGCUCUGGAGGCUCUGCAUAUGGUGCUCUGUUCCAACCACUUGCUUCACAAUUGUCGUUGUUCACUGGCGUCCUCAUUUGCAUUGUGUCUUUCAUUGGAGCAUAUGCGACUAACGGUUAUCUACUUUCCUUCUUAAAUAUUUUUCGUCUGAUCUCGGGCUACAUAUCAACAGUGUGGCAUGCCCAAAACUUCCCGUUUAUCUCCCAGCUGCUGUUCUUCGAAAAUGGGACCAUCUACGAUCAAGAUUUGAUCCUCAAUGACGACUUCACGCUGAACACACAGAAACUGGAGACAGUGGGACUUCCGUGGUUUAGCGCGAGCUAUACUAUUGCGAAAAUAGGCGCUAGUUUAUCGUUCGGGGCAACAAUUACGCAUAUGUUGCUGUUCAACGGAAAACAAGUGUGGAACGCCGUCAAGACGGGCAGGAAGUGUGACGACCCGCACUAUCUCAAGAUGAAGGUCUACGACGAGGUGCCGCUGUCCUGGUAUGCAGGUGUUUUCGUUGCGUCGCUCGCGAUGGGGAUGGCCACGAACUAUACCGGACAUUCGCAGCUCCCUUGGUGGGGAUUCUUUAUUGCAGUUGGUUUUGCCGCGUUUUUCCUGCCCAUCAUUUCGACCCUCUAUUCGAUUCUGUGUUAUGUUCCGGGAACAGAGGACAUCGCCCGUAUGUUGGCUGCAGGCCUGUUCCCCGGGAAACCCAUCGCCAACAUGUAUUUUACGCUGUGGGCUUAUAAUUCCACCGAGCAAGGGCGAUCUAUGACGCGCGACCUCAAAAUGGGACAAUACACGAAGCUUCCGCCACGCGUCACGUUCACAAUGCAAUGUGUGGGCUCGAUCGUCGGCGCUCUCAUCAACUACGUUUUAAUGCGCAUCAUUGUGUCCUCCCACCGCACAAUCCUGCUCUCGGUUCAGGGAACGAACACAUGGAGCGGGGCUGGUAUCCAGUCGUUCAAUAGUGACGCAAUUGCGUGGGGCGCGCUUUCGAAACAGCUCUACUCCCCCUCAAGCACAUAUGGGAUGGUCCCUCUCAGCAUCAUCAUCGGGCUUUUUGUCCCCCUACCCUUCUACAUCCUCCAUCGAUACUACCCCAACGCACAUUUCGACGGAGUUAUCACGCCGAUGAUCUGCACCCAGAUCGGCUACCUUUCAGGCGGAAUCAAUUCCUCCGUGUUCAUGACCUUCCUGCUCUGCAUCUUUUCCCAGUACUAUUUGCGCAACUACCGACCGGGGUUCUACCGCAAAUACAACUUCCUGAUUUCCGCAGCGCUAGAUGGCGGCACCGAGGUCAUGACGUUCGUGUACUCAUUUGCAGUCGGCGGGGCAGGCGGAAAGACCACCGUGUUCCCGACGUGGGCGUUAAACCCUGUGGGGAACCCAGACUACUGCAAACGCCUCACUUGA